AUGGCCGGGAGGGCGCACGAGCCGUCUCCUGUCGAUGACCAGCCUCUUCUAUUCAAUGCCAACAAACUCGAGCCAGCGAAAAAGCGCAGACGCUCCCGAUCGCCUUCCAAUCCUACCCCAAAGCGUCAAGAUAAUCGUUCAGACUCUAGAAGAAGAUCACCUUCGCCCCGACGAAGAUCUGAUUCCCCUCCUGCUCGGAAGCAAAAGCGGCCAGGUCAGCGCGCCCGAAUCACUGAUGCCGAGCGACAGCAUAUAAAACAGAAGCAAUUUGAGCGCGAGAAAGAGUUGGAAGCGAUAGCCGCCCAGCAAGGAAUUCAUGAUGCCGUUAAGCAACAUUACAAUGCGGUUCCAGAGCGAGGCCGAGAUUGGCGCAAGACAGACAGUCGUAUCAAGGGUCUUCGAAGCUUCAACAACUGGGUCAAGAGCACAGUUAUUCAGAAGUUUUCCCCGGCAGAGGACUACUCUCCUCCAACAAAAGAGCGCGGAGGCAUGAGCUUCGAUGAGGGCUCAGCAAACACUCAAGGCCUACUGGUGUUGGACAUUGGAUGUGGCAAGGGAGGGGACUUGGGAAAAUGGCAACAGGCACCGCAACCGGUUUCAUUGUAUGUUGGUCUAGACCCAGCAGACAUCUCGAUCGACCAAGCCAAGGAAAGAUACCGACAAAUGUCUAGCCGUGGUGGGGGAGGGCGGGGACGUGGCAGGGGGGGUGGUAGAGGAGGACAUAACAGCAGACCACAACCACCCUUGUUUGAUGGCGAAUUCUACGUGCAGGACUGCUUUGGCGAGAGCAUCGAAAAGAUCCCGCUGAUUCGAGAUGUUGGCUUCGAUGGGUCUGGAGGACCAUCGAGAUUUGGCGGAGGUGGAUUCGAUGUUGUCAGCAUGAUGUUCUGCAUGCAUUACGCCUUUGAGAGCGAGGGAAAAGCCCGCCAGAUGCUCAAGAAUGUCGCAGGAGCUCUCAAGAAGGGCGGCAGAUUUAUCGGUACCAUACCGAACUCCGACGUUCUGAGUAGUAGAGUGGAACAAUUCAACGCCCGCCAGGCUCUCAAGGAGAAUGACAAAGCUAAGCAAGAUUGCGAGAAACCCGAAGACGAGAAAGACAAAGCUGACGAGGGAGAAAUCGAAGAAGGCGAGGCGGAAGCUAGUGCAGAAUGGGGCAACGACAUCUACCGAGUACGAUUUCCAGGCAAGACUCCAGCAGAUGGCAUCUUCCGUCCUCCGUUUGGAUGGAAGUACAAUUUCUACCUACAUGAGGCCGUUGAGGAGGUUCCCGAGUAUGUGGUCCCAUGGGAGGCUUUCCGUGCUAUAGCAGAAGACUACAACCUCGAGAUGCAAUAUCAUAAGACCUUUGACGAGAUCUGGCGAACGGAGAAGGAUGAUGAGAUCUUGGGUCCGUUGAGUGAGCGCAUGGGUGUUCGAGAGAGAGGCCGUGGAUCAUUGCUGGUGAGCGAUGGGGAAAUGGAGGCUGCCAGCUUCUACGUCGGCUUCUGCUUUUACAAGGUCUAA